AUGGGGCACCUGGGUCAUUUUCCCAUGGGACAUGAUCCAUAUAGGAAUAUACCUAUGGGAAUUUGCGGCAGAGAUAGAAUUGUCUCCUACCAGGCGGCAUUCCUUCUGGCCAGGGUUAUUCCCGUGGAUUUUCUGGCGAAAAAGUAUAUGAAAGUGUUCACUGAUACCCGUGCAGUCCAGGCUGAGGAAAUUAGAGUCACGUACUGGAUCCGGGAGAGGAUCAGAAAAAUGGCACUGGACAGGGCGCUGAACAGAUGGAAGGAGGACUACGCUAGGUCUGGUACUACAGCAGUGGAGAUAAGAAGGAUAUUGGUUCUACAGUAUUGGUACAAACACAUCCAUGGUUACUUAACUUACAGGAUGACGCAGGUCAUGACCGGCCAUGGGUAUUUUAAUGAUUAUCUGUACCGUAUCGGAAAAGCUCCGGGCAGGGACUGCUCCCAUUGUGAUGACCCAUGCGACUUCAACUAUUACACGCUGGGUGUCCUGCAUGGGCCCUAA